GCUGCACAAACCAUUGCAUACUCAUCUCAACAUUCUUCAUCUUUCAACAACUAUAUCCCCAAGAAGCUCGAUUACGAAAAAAAUCGCAGGAUGUUCAAGCAACAAUCUACAUCUAUUUUCAUUGCAGUGUUGAUUGCUGCUCUACAUGUAGCAACACAUGUCACUGCUAUCACCCCUGCUCCAGCUGAGGAAGUACCUGUUCUGGAGUUUUACUUGCACGACAUUCUUGGGGGCAAUAAUCCUACUGCUAGGCCGAUCACCGGCCUGCUAGGAAACAUAUAUAGCGGCCAGGUACCGUUUGCCAAGCCGUUAGGAUUUCUUCCCCCAGAUGGUGCUGUAGCCAUCCCUAAUUCAAAUGGUGCCAUUCCAACCGUUAACGGUCUAAAUGGCAUUCCACUAGGAACUGGUUUGGCUGGUACUUCUUUCGCAGGAACGCCAAAUGGUCAGAACCCAAAUAAUCAGGUUCAGACCCAACUAGGAUCAGAUGGAUUGGGACUUGGGUUUGGAACAAUCACUGUCAUUGAUGACAUUUUGACCACAGGCCCUGAACUUGGUUCGCAACAGUUGGGAAAAGCUCAAGGAGUUUACGUGGCUAGUUCUGCAGAUGGAAGCACACAGAUGAUGGCAUUUACAGCCUUCUUCGAAGAAGGAGAAUUUGGGGACAGCCUCAAUUUUUAUGGUAUAUACAAGAUUGGGAGCUCGAUGUCACAUUUGUCAGUGACAGGCGGAACAGGCAAGUAUAAAAAUGCUGUUGGGAUUGCUGAACUGCGAGGACUCAUCCCAACUGGUCAGCAUUUCAUUGAUGGUGCAGAAUCAUUACUGAGGAUAAUUGUUCAUCUACAAUACUAAGAAUAUUAAAGUGGAUUGUUUUGAGAUUGUUUCGUGUGAAAGUGUGGUAAAGAUUUGUAAUUUGUCUUUAUUAUUGAGUCUGUUGUAUAAUCAAAUGUAUAAGAUGUUUUCAAUAGAAAUGGUAAUGGCCUUUUAAUGAAAGAAUCAGUUGCGAGCCA